UAGAAAGAUCAAGCUAAUGUCCCCUUUCAAUUCUCUUUGCAGGCGAAUUAGAAAUUAGAAUUAAAUCUCGUAACGUUUUAGGGUUUUUGAUUCAAUCACUGAGAAGCCCCUCUUUCCCCAUCCAUUUCUAAUUAAUCUGAGCAAAUUCUUCCUCCUUUUUCUCUAUACGCAAAACAAUGGCUACCAGCAAUAAUACACUUGGUGUUGACAAUACCUUCAGAAAGAAAUUCGACCGAGAAGAAUAUUUAGAACGCGCUCGAGAGCGUGAGAAACAGGAAGCAGAAGGGAGAGGUAAAUCGAAAGGUCCUCCAGUGCAAAGGAAACCCCUUAAGCAUAGGGAUUAUGAAGUUGAUCUCGAAUCUCGUUUGGGUAAAACUCAGGUUGUUACUCCGGUGGCACCUUUAAGUCAGCAGGCCGGAUACUAUUGCUCAGUUUGUGAGUGUGUAGUAAAAGAUUCUGCAAACUACUUGGAUCACAUCAAUGGGAAGAAACAUCAAAGAGCGUUAGGUAUGUCCAUGCGAGUAGAAAGAGCAUCUCUUCAACAGCUUACAGCCAUGGUUUCUCACCUACUCAACACUAUCCGUAAUGUAGUUGGGGUCACAGGGAACGUUAUAUCACUCUUCCUCUUCUUGUCUCCUGUGCCAACUUUUGCUCAAAUUUGGAAGAAAAAUUCAGUGGAGCAGUUCUCGCCAGCCCCGUAUCUAGCAACCUUAAUAAACUGCAUGGUUUGGGUCAUUUACGGGCUGCCUAUGGUUCAGGAGCGAUUUGAACAAUUAAAAAAGCGAAAAGCACCUGGCAGCUUCUCAGAGCAAGAUCUUGACGAACGCAUCAUGAAACAGCAGGAAGAAGAGGAAGAGCGUAGGCGCCAACGACGAGAAAGAAAGAAAGAGAAAAAGAGAGAGAGAGCAGCAGAAGAGGAACCCGAAAUUGAUCCCGAUGUGGCAGCUAUGAUGGGAUUUGGCGGUUUCCGUUCAUCAAAAAAAUGAGGAACAUUUCUUCUUGUAAGAUCAUUGUUGAUACAAUCAGAGAAAAUCCAUGACUUAGGUAUAUUCAUCUUUUGGAGAUGGAAUUACUCAGGUUUACCAAUGUUCUGUAUUGGUUGAUAUUUGGGAGGGAAAAUAAAAGUAAAAAUUUCUCGA